GCAGCACGGGGAUAUAACGCAGAUUGGCAGCAUUGGCGCGGCAACUUCCGGCAGUGGUAACGAGCGAUACGUCGUAAGGCAGGAUCGCGUGCUCUCAUCGUAGCACAAAAUGUCGAUCCCCUUCAGCGGCUGUCGCACGCGUUCCGGCGGCGUGAUCAGUUCCAUUCUGAAGCAACUAAGGAGCGUCAACUUAAAGCCAGUCAAAAGGAUCAAUGUGCGUCUCGACCCGUUCCAUGAGAAUGUCAAGCCUACGAGAGAUUUUCUGUUUUACAUUACCGGCUCGAAAACCCUCGCGACAAAUCCGUACUGUUCGCUGAAAACGGAGAUCGUGUGCGAUCGUUCGGAUCCGAGCGUCACGUUCAGUCUUCAGUCAGGUGAAAAAGUGAUAUUUAAAACGGGUCUUUUGACGUGUCUGAAUAUUUUGGAGCUUUACAACAAGCACAUCACCUCUUUAGUAGAGCCCGAUCCGGUCGAGCUCGAGGCUCGAGGAAAAGCGCUCGAGGAAAAGAAGAAAAAGCGAAGACGAAGGAUUAAGAUAAAAGAAGGGAGCAAACGUAGAGGAGUGUUUUUAUAAGCUCAUUGGCGACAAUUGUCAAAUUGUUUGUGUGGCUGGGUCUCUGCUAGGUCUUAGCGAUCAAAUAAAAAUAGCCCGAACUGUAUUAAUUCAAUUAACACGCUCGAGAUAAAACUCGGUUCGUCGACUGCACCCGACCGUAGAAACGACAAACAUCUAGACGCAACGCGUGCUAGUUU